AUGGUCCGCAACAUCGUCAUACUUUCGGGCAACUCCCACCCGGCCCUCACGGACGCCGUGUGCCACAUUCUCGGGGUCCCUCCUGGUAACCGGAUCUUGACCAAGUUCUCUGCGGGCGAAUCGCGCUGCGAAAUCCAGGAUUCGGUACGAGGCAAAGACGUCUUCAUUAUCCAGUCGGGAGGUGGAUCUGUGAACGACCACUUCAUGGAGCUCUGUAUCAUGAUAUCGGCAUGUAAGACUGGCUCGGCCAAGAGAGUCACGGCAAUACUGCCAUUGUUCCCCUACUCCCGGCAACCAGACCUACCAUACAAGAAGAGUGGAGCGCCGCUCUCCAAAGACUCGAAGUCCACCUUGAAUAGUGUUACCGCAACUCCGGCACCCGGCAUAGUCAAGACGCCUAGCUUCAACAAAGAAGUCGACUUAACGAAGGCGUUGAGCAAAUCAUCGCUUUCUGAUGGAAACGGAGCUGGUCCUUCUCGUCCUAACGCCAAUGGCGACUACUUCGUUACAAACGGCACAAAUGGAGACCACUCAGUAGCCCGGCCUGGAUUAUCCACAAUGCAUGCCCAGAGCUUUACCACACACGACUUGGAGGGCCCGGCUCUUGUCUCCACGUUCGAGGCCAAACCUGGAUAUAAGAGAUGGGUAGCACAGGCUGGGACACUAGUGGCAGAUCUGUUGACUUGCGCCGGCGCGGACCAUGUGGUUGCGAUGGACCUGCACGACCCUCAGUACCAAGGCUUCUUCGACAUACCGAUGGACAACCUGUAUGGCCGGCCGCUGUUGAAACGCUAUAUCCAGCAGAACAUCCCGGACUAUAAGGAUGCGGUGAUUGUGAGUCCGGAUGCUGGUGGUGCAAAGCGGGCCACUGCUAUCGCGGACAGUCUGGGCACGGAAUUUGCCCUCAUCCAUAAGGAACGACGACCUAUUCGAAUCACGGAUCGCCAAAGCUCAACCAUGAUGCUCGUAGGCAACGUUGCCAACCGUGUUUGUAUUCUGAUCGACGACCUUGCGGACACGGCGCAGACCAUCACGCGAGCGGCCAAGCUGUUGCGAAAAGAGCGCGCCACAAAGGUCUACGCUCUGCUAACUCAUGGCGUUUUCAAUGGGGACGCCAUCCAGCGCAUCAAUAAUUCGACGUUGGAUAAGAUUGUCGUGACCAAUUCGGUUCCUCAGGACGAAAACAGAAAGCUGUGUCCCAAGCUGGAGGUUCUGGACGUUGCACCUGUCUUCGCUGAGGCGAUCCGUCGCAUUCACCACGGUGAAUCGAUUAGCGUGCUGUUUCACUACGACUGA